CCGCGCGGACUCCUCCUCAGCUUUGAAAUCUGUGACGUCAGAGAGUUCUGCUCCAUCAGCAGGUUAAAGAUGGCGGCGGAGGAGAGCAGGUCGAAGCAGCGGAACCACACAAACAGCAUCUCUUCUCACGGGGGGUUUAAACCAGACAAACCCACGAUGACACGUGACGAGGAGGACGACGACCUGUUGGAGGAGGAGGUGGGCGUUCCUCGGCCGGUGCAGAUCGUGGUGGCGGAUGAGGAGGAGCACUCGUUCUCGCUGCAGGAGGAGGCGCUGGAGCGGCUGCUGCUUCAGGAGGAGGUGCAGGACCUUCACGUGGUCGUCGUCUCUGUGGCCGGAGCUUUCCGCAAGGGCAAGUCGUUCUUGCUGGACUUCAUGCUACGCUACAUGUACAAACAGUCCCCUGAUUCGUGGGUCGGCGGGGAGGAGGACCCUUUGACCGGCUUCACCUGGCGAGGCGGCUGCGAGCGGGAGACGACGGGCAUCCUGGCCUGGAGCGAGGUGUUCGUGGUGGAGAAACCAGACGGCUGCAAGGUUGCAGUUCUACUAAUCGACACACAGGGGGCGUUCGACAGCCAGUCCACCAUCAAAGACUGCGCCACACUGUUCGCUCUGAGCACCAUGACCAGCUCAGUCCAGGUCUACAACCUGUCUCAGAACGUCCAGGAGGACGACCUGCAGCACCUCCAGCUCUUCACCGAGUACGGACGGCUCGCCAUGGAGGAGGUCUACGAGAAACCCUUCCAGACCCUGAUGUUCCUGAUCCGGGACUGGAGUUACCCCUAUGAGCACCCGUACGGUCUGGAGGGAGGGCAGAGCUUCCUGGAGAAGAGACUACAGGUGAAGCAGAACCAACACGAGGAGCUGCAGAACGUCAGGAAACACAUCCACUCCUGCUUCUCCAACAUCGGCUGCUUCCUGCUCCCUCACCCCGGACUCAAGGUCGCCACUAACCCGCACUUCGACGGACGCCUCAGAGAUAUCGACGAGGAGUUCAAGAAGGAGCUGGUGGACCUGGUCCCCACGCUGCUCUCUCCAGAGAACCUGGUGGAGAAGGAGAUCGGAGGAGUGAAGAUCACCUGCAGAGACCUGCUGCAGUACUUCAAGGCCUACAUGAAGAUCUACCAGGGGGAGGAGCUGCCUCACCCAAAGUCCAUGCUGCAGGCGACAGCUGAAGCCAAUAACCUCGCCGCUGUAGCCGGAGCCAAAGACGCGUACCACAAAAGCAUGGAGCAGGUCUGCGGCGGAGACAAACCCUACAUCUCGCCGACAGAGCUGGAGCGUCGCCACGUGGAGCUGCGCCAGGCGUCGGUGCGUCACUUCCGCUCGGUGAAGAAGAUGGGCGGCGAGGAUUUCUGCCGGCGUUAUCAGGAGCAGCUGGAGGCGGAGCUCGACGAGGCGUUCGCCAACUUCUGCAAGCACAACGACGGCAAGAACAUCUUCUACGCGGCGCGGACGCCCGCCACGCUGUUCGCCGUCAUGUUCGUCAUGUACGUGACGUCCAUGGUCACGGGCUUCGUGGGCAUCAACUCCGUGGCCACGCUGUGUAACCUGAUGAUGGGAGCGGCGCUGACGGCGCUCUGCCUCUGGGCCUACGUCAAGUACUCCGGGGAGUUUCGUGAGGUGGGCGGAGUCAUCGACCAGGUGGCAGAAACUCUCUGGGAACAGAGGACUCCUCGAAAGGUUCUCUCCAAACUCUUCGAAGUGGCCCGGAGUAAAGUCCCGUUGGGGAGCCUGAUCCCGACGCCGCGGCCCCGGCUCGCCUCAAACAACAACGUGAAGAAGAAAAACUAGCAGCACGCCACGUCUGUCCCCUCCCCCCCCCCCUCCCCCGUUUGAAACGGCGUUUCUAGGACGGUUUCUGUUCUCUGACUGUAGAAGGUUCCUCGCCGUAGGAGCCGCCGUAGACCCGGAUGAAGCGGCGUGAUGUAUUUAAUUUGUUGUCAGUGGGCGGGGUUAAAGUAUUUAUUGGUGGGCUGGUGGGCGGGGCUAUUGUUCAGUGGGCGGGGCCAUUGUUCAGUCACUGAGCGUCUACAUUAAUGAUUCCAUUUUACCUGAAUGUACGAAUGAAGAGCACGACCACA